GAACGUCCACCCCCUCUACACCCACUUUCCAUAACUCUGAGCCUCCCGCCCCUUUUCGCUCUCACUGAUUCUCCCAUCAUCACUCUGUCCCUCUCUUAAGUUUCAGCCGUCUCUUUCUCCUGAAGUGAGCAGCACGCAGCCAACAGAGCAGUGGACGGAAAGCAGACCGACUCUCCUGGUCCUUUCCUUUGUCUCAUUCCAUCCUAUUAUCCAUUAGCAUAUCUCCCCCUUACCUCUGUGUGCAUCUAUUUAUAGUUCUUUUUGUCUAAUUUCAGUGUACAACCCACUUAUAUUUAAUUCUGACUGCUUUUGUUCAAUUCACUCACCCAGCAGAGCGCAGCUGAGCACACGGCAGCUGUGUCUCUCAACUUUGAACAUUAGCAGAGCAGAUCGCCGUGCAACAGCUCAACAUCCAUCGUCUGAACGCUGGUUUUGGAUUUUUUUCCUCCUCUGGUCUUUUCGCCUCGUUCCUCUGAUUACCACUGAGCCUGACCCAAUACUUUGGACAGUAUGUGGUCCAACUUCUUUGUGCAGCAGGAAGAUGAGGGACGCAUCGGGGUGGCGGGAGCUGGACAGGGUGGAGGUAUGGGAGGAAUGAAAGGUUUCAGAGGCCAAAGACGGACCAAUAAGAUGAGCGAUAGCCAGGAGGGCAAAAUCAAGCUGGCCUUCUUCGUGUCGAUUGUUGGGGUGACUCUGACGGUGUUGGGCAUGGGGACGGAGUUUUGGGUGGAACUGGCUCAGCCCAAAAAUUUCGUCGGCAACCAGACCUGCCAGAUGGCUCAUUAUGGCCUGUGGAAGGGCUGCAUCCGUACCCUGUGGGUGUCUGACAUAGACCCAGAGAGGACAAGCUGCGGCCCGGCUGACCUACCUGGAGAAUCCAACUGCACCUACUUCAAAUUCUUCACCUCUGGGGAGAAUGCAGUCAUUUUUAAGAAGACGACAAACAGAAAUCUAAAUCUGGCUGCAGCAAUUUUGGCACUUUUGAGUCUGACCAUGAUGGUGAUGGGCUCCAUCUGCAUUGUUAUGUCUCUCAGCAAAGGAGUUGCCUUCUUCCUCAAACCAGCUUCCUUUUGUUUCAUUUCAUCAGGGGUUCUGGUCUUUCUGUCAGUCCUUAUUUUCCACCAGUCUGUGCUGGCGCUGCUGGCCAGUGACCACUCAAUACCGCUUCAUCAUGAGCUGUCCUGGUCUGUGGCUUGUGUUGGCUCAGCAGGAACCAUCCUCAUUUUCGGAGGCUUCCUCUUCAUCCUUCUCUCCCUUCCUUUUAGUCCGUGGCAGAAGUGUUGGCCGCACAAGAACAGCACCACUUAGACUUUUAAUGCAACAUGUGCAGAUAAUAUUCCUAAUGUUCAAGAGCAAGCAAAAUACAGCACAAAAAUUAUGACAUCAUUGAGUUUGGGCUUGCUCUUGGCAGAUAAGUCAUAAUAGGUCUUAAUUAAGUUUAGGAAGAGUAAUGGAAAAGAAUUACAAAGUGCAGGAAGAACAGUAGAGAUUGAUUUUACCACAAUAUAUAUAUGUUUUUUAUUUUCAUGGCACUGUUGAUUCUUAAGCAAUGGAUGAAACCUAAGCCAUUUUCACAUAUAUAAAAAACAAUUCUAUUUAAACCUUGUUUUCAAUUCACCUUGAUGCUCCUGAGUGCUGCGUACACAACAUUUUUGGUUUGAAUUGUUGUGUAAGCAGAGCUGGUAACUAGUUCAGAGGUGAGUGCAUGUUGAAGACAUUUGUGACUUGAUGUUUUGUUUUUUUCUCUGAGCCUGUAAAUUGCUUUCCAUUCUCUCAUUGCAUUGAAUAUUGUGAUCUUGCAGCAGUUUAAGGCAUCAAAACAUCAUAAUGAAAUUUAGCCAUUAAAAUGUUCUUGGGUCAGUUCAACAAAAGACACAGUUUCAAUAGAUCAUGCUGGUGUUAAGAAGGUCCUACCCUUAUCAAAAAGGGAAAAACCUUCCUUUUAACGUUUUAAAAAGUAACCCAAUCGUAAAAGACUGUGUCUAGACAACUCCACCAGUUAUUUCCGUUUAUCAGGACAUCUAUGGGAAAUAGUAUUGAUCUGGCUGAGCUCUCUGCAGGAUAAAGUUAUUUUCAGUGCCUUUCGAUAACUGUUUCUAUCAAGAUGCUGAUAAAGAUACCACAACAGUUACAGCUCUUUUUGGCAUUGAAAUGUUGUGUUUGAUAGAGUUUGGUUAUUGUCUACAAUCCCUUUAAAAGUAUUUUAAAAGUUAAGAUAAAUGAUAUUGAAAAUGACUUUUUUUCCUUUUGCAUUGUUGGUCUAACCUCCUUUCUUCUAUAAAAAAUCAAAACCUCCAUUAAAAAGCUUCAACCUUUUCAGCGUAUAGCAGGCUGCAACAUCAUUUUAUGUCUUUCUUAAAACAUAAUAUUUAUGACAUAUAAAUUAAAACACUUACUUCCUGAAUUAAAUAUACUGUAACCACAUAUCUUUUCUAUGUGUUAUGCCUAAUUUUCUUGAUAUUUUUCUAAGCUGAAUUACCAUACAUAAAGCACCUGGGCAACAGUGAAAACUGCUGUGAAGAUAUUGAUCGGUAUGGAGGAGUUUGACUUACUUUUUUUUUUUUUUGUAUGUAUCAAAAGAGAAAAUUCUGUGAACUUUUAGAAACUUUGUACCUGAUCAACCAGAGGCUUUUGAUGUCCUUAUUUAUUUCUGUCUGCUGUGGUUGGUUCUGUUUUGUCUCGGUGUAUCAAAUGAAUGUAAAUUUAUGAAAAAAUAAAUGUUUUUGUUUAAUGGCUA